AUGCUUCCAUCACUCUUGACCGAUACUUACCAUCGCUAUAAACAGGAUACCGACAAUAUUGCGACAUGGCUCGCGACCACCGCAAAGCGAUUCGGCUUCCCCGCAGAUCUGAUCGGCAAAGCACAAAACAAAGUCCAGAAGAGCCAACGCCUCAAAGGAAAGGCCCGGAACAAGGCCAAACAAAUUGCUAAGAGCAAUGCCGCGAGUGCGUCGAAACCCUCUUCAACCUCUCUGCCAAAAUACGCCCUUUGCGUCAAAGAUUUUGUGACGCUGGCAGAGUAUUUGGCAUCCAAGCCAGAUGUCAAAGUCCCUGCACAGCUCUGGGCAUCAAUAGAAAGGGCAAUCCGCCUACGCCAGAUGCAAACCGAUUACCACGCUCUCCAACAAGCCAGCAACACUAGAGAUUUGAGCGACGAGGGGCACUCUUACUUUCUGGGAAUUCUAGAGAAAGUGAGGGAUGUUCUCAAACCAUACCAUCAGGCUGGCGUUGUUCAGCCCCAAGACAAAUCCACUGCAGUCCCGAAUCCGGAUAAGGAGAUUGAAGGUUGCCUGGAUAACAUGUUCGCUGUUCUGACAGUCGAAGAGCCUUCUGAAGAUUUCCUCAAUGCCCCAGACACUGCGCCCGCUGUCGGUAAGGUCGAGCCAGCCAGCUCUCUCUACGAAGUAGAGCCCUUUGACGACCCGCUUGAGCUUUAUCUUGGGACUGCUGCGUUGCUGCAAGACUGUUCAAAGAUUCGAAGCGCUAUUGGAAGCAUCUGGCAUUCAUAUUCCCAGAGCUGUACCAGCCUCAUUUCGGCUGCUGUUACCACCAACGUCGCAAUCCAAAUGGCACAAGAGCUAGAAGAGCAGUUUUUGAAGGACCACCCAUCACAACAGGAUACCGUACGCGCCAGAACUGUGUUCUUUGGAGCGCAGUGCUUCCUUCAAGGACAGGAUCCAGCGACGUGUGCGCGGCAAUCAGAUCCUAUAAAUCUUAGCCUCUAUGGACUUGUAGAAACCUCUCUUCUCGGUUCCCAUGCCCUUCUUGAUGCUUUCAAGGAUGUUAUUCAAGACAACCAGUUACCACUGUACAAACCGGGAUUCUUUGGAGUAUACGACCCUACGAAAGAUCGAAGAAAGAUGUCUGGUCCCGAAAAGUUUGACGAGGAUAAAGUGCUCCUUUUAGAGGUCCUUUCUGAUAUUGUCUUCUUCGACUACGCUAAUGGAAACGUGGGCCUGCCGGCUGCUGACAAGCUGACGAAGGAUGUGGGCUUGCUCAGGGAGCAAGGUCGUCACACGUUGGCACUAGACUUCGCUGCCCAGAUCUAUUUGGAUAUCGAGCACAUCCUCCGUAGCAAAUCUGGUAUGGCCUGGGCGGAUCUUCGACACUAUGCUCUCAACGCCAAAGCUUCUUUGAGAGAAAACUUCCAAUUUCAUGAACAGCUAAGGGUUAAGACCUGGCCACGAGAGAAUGAUCAGCCUCUGAGAGCAAUCUUAGAGAUUAUUGAGCGUUGGUUCGAAGUGGACACGUUCCAAAGGUUAAAAGCGGAAAGGAUGAUUCAGUCAGGCUUACACCCCGACCUGCCCGCAACACAACAUUCCUUCUUCACCAGUCAUCCUUGGCUCUGCGGUUCCCUUUUAUUCGGUAUGAAGCUCGACAUGCAAGAAGCCGGUAUUGCCUUCCUUAAUGCCUGGGGCUCCGCAAAAUUUGCUGCACAAAUCUACAAUGCUGCCCAGAAAGAGAAGUUCCUAGACAAGGAGUGGCAAGACAUGGAACUUGCUUUGAUGUUCUACGGCGAAUCCGUGAUGUUUGUUGGCAGCAGGCCGGAUGGCGUAGAAGAGUACUUUAGACGCUUCUGUCUGGCAAUAGGCUACUCGGCACAGAAUUUUGCUCGUGGCGGCGCACGGUCUCACUCUCGUCCGGUUGAGUCAAGGCAAGGGCCACGUGGUGUCAUUGAGAAGAAGACUGCAAGUCCGGUUGCACAUGAGCUAGGGUUCGGAUACUCGAGACUCGACGACUCCGGGAAAAGCGCUCCGAACAUUGAGCAGGUGCUAGAGAAGUGUCUUGGGGACAAUGACGAGUUAGAUGUUGCCGACACCGCCGAAAUGGCCUUGAUGCCAAAACACCACAAGAGUCCAAGGAAACGCAAAAUGUACACGACACCAGAGGUGCUCAUCUUGAUCUGCCAGUCACUCAUGUCCGAAGAGUUGGCACUGACAUUUGACCACUUCCGCCUGCACCGUUCAGCCUGGAGAGUGCUUCGUAGCAUCAAAGACACUAAUGCUGGCGAGUUGAGACGCAUCUACGGUCCUUCGUAUCUCGAAAAUGAGAGUCAGCUUCCUUACGUGGCUGGCUACAUCUUCAUGACAGCUGUUCAGACCGAGAAGAUUGGGGGGCUCUUGCGGCCGAAGAAGGAAUAUGUCGUCAGCUCUAAGCUCUUAAUGCAAGCGGCGGAUAUCCUAGAAUGCAUGAUUGAAAGCGGUAUGGGUGGGCUAGAAGUCCGGAUUCUUCGAGAAAAGUACGACAUGGAGUUCGAAGUUGAAAAGGAAGGCGCCGGGCAGACUUCAGGACCCCAAGGCUCUCGCUAA